ACAGAUACACUUACAUUUGGCUUCUGUCUUGCUGGUGGGGCAGAACAAUGGCAGUCAACAAGGUCAUCAAAUUCCUUCUCUUCACCUUCAACUUUUUGUUUUUCGUGGGUGGAAUCAUUAUCCUCACUGUUUCCACAUACAUCAGGAGCCACAGAGCAGACUACCAGAUCACUGAUGACCUUCUCCCAGCCAUAAACCUGCUGAUAUUUAUCGGCGCCGUGACUCUGGUUUUUGGCUUCCUGGGCUGCUGUGGAGCGAUCCGAGAGAACCGCUGCCUGCUGGCCCUGUUCUUCCUGGGCCUGCUCUGCUUGUCUCUCAUGCUGUUGGCCGUGGGAACAUUGGGAGCUGUAUCAAGAACCGCAGCUGCCCAGGAGCUGGUGAGGAAACACAUGAAGCAGCUGCUUCCGCUGAGCGAACAGCCGAAGGAAGUUCAGGAGUCGCUUCAAGCCAUGGAAAUGAGCGGGUUCUGUUGUGGUCUCUUUGUUGGACAUCUUGAUUGGGGCAACUCAACUGUGGUGCCGGACUCAUGUAACUGCACAGACACCUCCAGGAACUGCACAGAUUUGGACCAACGUGAGAUUUAUUCCACACCUUGUAUGCCGUACAUUAUGACGUGGUUGGACAGAGUAUCGGACUCACUCAUGGGGACUGCGUUCAUGUUUGGCAGCUUGAUGAUUCUGGGCAUGAUUUUCUCAGUGGUCCUGUUCUGUCAGAUUGUGAAAAAGAAGAGCAUCAUUUAAAAGGUGUCACAAGGCCUGUUGUUCACAGGUGUUGAUUGGACAGAUUAUGUUAUUAUAUCUUUUCUGAGCUUUGACUCACUGUAAAUUUUAAAAUGUUACUACUUUUUCUAUCUGUUCUUGCAAUAUAAACUGUAUCUUACACAUUUUUGAAACUGAAAAAUUAAAAAUGAAAAAAUGA